AUGCAGAGCCAUCGAGACGAGUGGCCUCUGGGCAGCCUAGAGCGGCACCGGAACAGCACUCAGUGUUUUGCCGCCUGGCGUACCCACGAAACAUUGGCACUGCCCCCGCCCCGAACCGCCGAGAUCAAGCGGCCUCCGAGCAGCCUAGAGCGCCCCGGAACGGGGGCACUUCCCGUCUGUACCCCUCGCUGGGUGCACGUGGUUCGUGGGCGCACGUCCCGCGUGGGUUCAAGCCCCGGCGCGGAUCCGAGGGCUAUAGUUCCCCUCCCCCGGGGCUGUCAGAAGGAGUUGUCAGCGGCGCCUCUUCCCGUGUGGGUUUUCCCUUCCCCCGGGGAGGUCUCUGGCCCCCCACUGCACGUGGGUGAUCUGUGGGGGGCGGGGCAUCAUAGGGGCCACCUCCACUUUCUAGAGUUGGGGUCCCGGUAUCAGGAGGAGCACCUGGAAGAUCCCGGCUGGGUCGGGGGCAGCGGGAUGGCGGCCACUGGGGCCUCCCGACCUGGACAGGACUCUUCUGAUAUGACCUGUCUGCAGCUCUGGGGUCCUGCCCCUGGCCCAGAGAUGCUGACCCCGAUAGAGCAGCCAGCCCCAAGGACCCUCUUCUUUCCACCUGUGAAGGUCGAGCUGGAGGGAAUAACCCAGGAUCUGCUGCCCAGGGGAGAGAACGGUGAUGAGGACAGGACAGGGAAUGGAGAGGCAGCAUUGAAGCAUGAAAUUGUAGACAGCAAUGAUUGGCUUUUCCAAGCAGAGGAAAAACCAGACAUGCUUAAUGAACAUGGAAACUCUUUCAGCCUGAACAAAGAGAUGACUUUGAAACAGAGAAUCCUAGAUCAUAAUAAGCAGCUCCUCCUCCACACAGAGGAAAACACACACCUGCUUAAUGAAUAUGAAGACUUUUUUAACAGCCAGAAUUCAGCCUUAGUUGGAUUUAAUAUAUUCCAAACUAAUGAGGCACCAUACGACUGUCAGAAGUGUGGAGAGCGCUUUCUUACCACGUCCCACCUCACUCAGCACCAGAGCAUUCACACUGGACCAGGACGCUAUGAAUGUUAUGAGUGUGGGAAAACGUUUACCCGAAGCUAUCACCUCAUCCGACAUCAGGUUAUUCAUACUGGAGAGAGACCCUUUUCAUGUAAAGAGUGUGGAAAGACUUUUAAGAGAAAAUCAACCCUCACUGAGCACCAGAGAAUUCACACUGGAGAGAAACCUUAUAGAUGUAACAAAUGUGGGAGAGCCUUCAGUCAAAGCCAAGAUCUCUUGGAGCAUCAGAAAGUGCACACUGUGGACAAACCUUACAAAUGUGAUGACUGUGGGAAGGCUUUUAGUACCAGCUCAAGCCUCCUUCAGCAUCAGCUCAUCCACUCAGGAGAAAAACCCUACACGUGUGGUGAAUGUGGGAAAGCCUUCAGAAAUAGCUCAAGCCUGCUUCGGCAUCAGUUCAUCCACACAGGAGGAGAGCUUUACAAAUGCAAUGAAUGUGGGAAAACCUUGAGUAAUCGCUCAAGCCUUUUCCAGCAUCUAAAAAUUCAUUCUGGAGAGAAACCCUAUCAUUGUAAUGAAUGUGGGAAAGGCUUCAUCCGUAACUCAUGUCUCAUUGAACAUCAGAGGAUUCAUACAGGGGAGAAACCCUAUGCAUGUAAGGAGUGUGGGAAGACUUUCCGACGUUCCUGGUACCUCACAGAGCAUCAGAGAAGCCACGCCCCAGAGAGAGCAUAUAGAUGCACCGAGUGUGGGAAAGCCUUUAGAGACAGCUCAUGUCACUUCCAUCAUCAAAAACUCCACACAGGAGAAAAACCCUUUGGCUGUAAUGAGUGUGGUAUGGCUUUUGGGCGCAAGUCCCGGCUACUGGACCAUCAGAGAAUCCACACUGGAGAAAAACCCUAUGAAUGUGAAAAAUGUAUGAAGAGUUUUAGCCACCGUUCACAACUUCUUGAACAUAUGAGAACUCAUACUGGAGAGAAGCCUUAUGAGUGCAAUAAAUGCGGAAAGUCAUUUACUAGGAAUUCUGGUUUUAUACGUCAUCAGAAAAUCCACACUGGGGAGAGGCCCUAUGAAUGUAACCAGUGUGGCAAAUGUUUUAGCAAUAGUUCAUUUCUUAUUGAGCAUGAAAGAAUCCAUACCACAGAGAAACCUUACAAAUGUGAUGAAUGUGGGAAAGCUUUCUGUAAGAAAUCAUACCUCACUGGACAUCAGAUCACUCACACCAAAGAGAAACCCUUUGAAUGUCACGAAUGUGGGAAAUCCUACAAUCGACGUUUCCGUCUUGUUGAGCACCAGAGAAUUCACACUGGAGAGAAACCCUAUGAAUGUGGCGAAUGUGGGCGAUCAUUUAGUCGAAGUGCACUUCUUAUUGGACAUCAGAUAAUUCACACCAAAGAGAAGCCGUAUGUAUGUGAUCAAUGUGGGAAAGCUUUUAGUCUGAGAAAACAUCUUGUUCAACAUCAGAGUAUCCAUAAUGAUGAGAAGCCUUAUAAAUGCAAUGAGUGUGGAAAAGCCUUUAGGCACAAAUCUACAUUUCGUGACCAUCAGAAAGUUCACACUGGUGAUAAACCCUGUAAAUGUAACGAAUGUGGGAAAUCCUUCAAUCGGACCUUUCAUCUCAUCGAACACCAGCGGACUCAUACUAAGGAGAAACCCUAUGAAUGUAAUGAAUGUGGGAAGUGUUUCAGUCGAAGUUCAGUCUUUACUCAGCACCAAAAAAUUCAUGGUGAAGAUCAUAAACCUUUUGAAUGUAAUGUGUGUGGGAAAUCUUUCACUCGAAAUUCAAUCUUUACUAAACACCAGAAAAUUCACAUGAAAGAGAACAAACCCAAUGAAUAUGGCAAAUUCUUAAGUCAAAAUUUGGUGUAUAUUCAGCAGAAGGAAAUGCAUGCUAAAGAGAAUCUAGAUUAAUGAAGAGGUUUUUGUUGGGAUGUCACAGCUUUUUCAGUAUUGAAUAUUACAUUUGGGGAGAGGUGGUGAUGGUGAGAAAAGCUUUUGUCAGACCUCAGCUUUAGUCAGCACAAAUGGGUUUACUAGGAAGCAAACCAGGGAUUCUGAUGGAUGGAAAUUUAAAUGAUAAUUUAUUUUAUCUACAACUGCUCUUUUGGGAAGUGAUCUGUCUUUAGAGGGCAGUUCUAUAAAAUCAGAACUACAGGGAACUUCCACAGGGCUGAUUACAGCUUUGACAGUGUGAGGGAGGUGUACUAAAAGUAUCAGCAAGUUCUGUGACCAAGCCAUCCCUUCUGGGAAGGUGUUCACCCCAUUUCCAGUAUGCCGGGUGAGCUAAUGUUCAGUGAUGUAAAUUACAUCAAUCCAGAGGAGUACAAACAGGGUUAUCACAUGUUACCAGCUCAGUAAAAGACUAAAUGCUGGGAAUGCUACCCAUGUCCUUUUAAAAAAGGUUUCAUUGCUGCCUCUUAUUUUUAUCACCCUGUGUAAUGGUAGAUCCUCCCCUACUUUCACUCCUGUGAAAUCCUCCCCUACAACAAAGACAGUCAAGCAAAUGAGGCUUACAAGAUGCCAGUGUCUGAUCAUUGAGGCACCAUUCUGUACCCAUCACCACCCUCCGCUUCCCAAGAGGAGGGAAGUGUUUCCUCUGUUCUCCAGGAUCAAGGUUGGUCAUUUUGGUUCAGCUGCCCCUUAGAACUAUUCUGUUUGUUGUCUUUUCAUCCUUGUGUGCACCAUCUGCCUGGUUCUGCUUUCUGCCUUUGUACUAGUCCUUGCAGGACAAAGAAUGUUUGAUUCGUAGCUAAGGGACCUGAGUUUAAAUUCUCCUUUGCUGCUCACUGUCUGUGGGAGUGUGAAUAUGUCACUAGCUUUCUGGACCUUAUUUUCCUUAUCUGCAAAAUGGGGAGACUAAAAUCUAUAUGAUAGGUUUAAUAUA